GUUCUCGGCCUUGUCGGGAAUUCGCUGCCCGACGACAGCGGCAGCACGAGCGACCUCAUCCGCGCCUACCGCGCACAGAAGGAGCGCGACUUCGAGGACCCCUACAACGGCCCCGGCUCGUCGCUGCGCAAACUGCGCGCGAUGUGCCGCCUGGACUACUGCGGCGGCAGCGGGGAGCCGGGCGGGGGCCAGCGCGCUUUCUCCGCCUCGUCCGCGUCGGGCGCCGCGGGCUGCUGCUGUGCCUCCUCCGGUGCGGGCGCCGCCGCGUCCUCGUCCUCGUCCUCCGGCUCCCCGCACCUCUACCGCAGCAGCAGCGAGCGGCGCCCGGCCACGCCGGCCGAGGUGCGCUACAUCUCCCCCAAGCAUCGCCUCAUCAAGGUGGAGAGCGCCGUGGGCAGUGCCGGGGACCCCCCGGGGGGCGCCUGCUCGGGCGGCCGCACUUGGAGCCCCACAGCCUGCGGAGGCAAGAAACUGCUCAACAAGUGUGCUGCCUCGGCCGCGGAGGAGAGCGGGUCCGGCAAGAAGGAGAAGGUGAUUAUCGCCGAUGACUACUCAGAUCCCUUUGAUGCCAAGAAUGAUCUCAAGAGUAAAGCGGGAAAGGGGGAGAGUGCUGGCUACAUGGAGCCCUACGAGGCCCAGAGGAUCAUGACAGAAUUUCAGAGGCAGGAAAGUGUCCGGUCCCAGCACAAAGGCAUCCAGUUGUAUGACACCCCUUAUGAACCCGAGGGCCAAAGCAUCGACUCGGACUCAGAGAGUGCAGUCAGCCCCCGACUGCGGGAGAGCAAGCUGCCCCAGGAUGACGACAGGCCCGCUGAUGAGUACGACCAGCCAUGGGAGUGGAACCGGGUCACCAUCCCAGCUCUGGCAGCCCAGUUUAACGGCAACGAGAAACGACAGUCAUCCCCCUCGCCUUCCCGGGACCGGCGGCGCCAGCUUCGAGCUCCCGGAGGGGGCUUCAAGCCCAUCAAGCAUGGGAGCCCAGAGUUUUGUGGGAUCCUGGGAGAAAGAGUGGAUCCUGCUGUCCCACUGGAGAAGCAAAUAUGGUAUCACGGAGCCAUCAGCAGAGGAGAGGCCGAGAACCUGCUGCGACUCUGCAAGGAGUGCAGCUACCUCGUCCGGAACAGCCAGACCAGCAAGCACGACUACUCCCUGUCCCUGAAGAGCAACCAGGGCUUUAUGCACAUGAAACUGGCCAAAACCAAAGAGAAGUACAUUCUGGGUCAGAACAGCCCCCCGUUCGACAGUGUCCCAGAAGUCAUCCAUUAUUACACCACCAGAAAGCUGCCCAUCAAAGGCGCUGAGCACUUGUCCCUCCUCUACCCGGUGGCUGUGCGGACCCUGUGAGAGGACCAGCCUCGCCCUGCGCUGACAGGGCCCAGACCUGGAGGAGCCGGAGCCCCCGCCGACCAGCGUGUCCAGUUCGUGUCGUGUGUAUGGUACUGGCACACCACUGCAUGUCUCUAGAAUGCUGUUGCCACUAAGGGGGCUGGGAAAGGCCUGGAUAGAGACAGAGGGACGGCCCACACGCCGCCCCAGCCCCCACCCCCACCCCCUCCUUGAGUUUCUGUGAAUUAAAAUAUUUGCAAAUCCAAAGAGAUGCCUUGCAGGAUGAACAAAGGCAAGCAGCUCCGAGGGGAGGGCCGGGCGGAACCGCCUGGGUUGCAGCGCUUUGCUUUGUUCUCCCGCUGUCAGGAAUUCACACCUGUGCCAGGAGCACAGUUUUCCCACCAGGGCCCCACCGGUGUGGGGAGCCGAACGCUGGUGCUGGGAGAGCCGGAAGGCCUGGAGUCCUGCCUCCCCUCUGGUGUGCGUGUGUCUGUGUGUGUGUGUGUGUGAGUGUGCGCACAUCCGUCACACACAGAUGUGAGUAAGCCCUCUAAUCCACUUUAUCACUCGGUGUAAUCAUUAGAUCUUCAAGGAAUCAUUGUGCGGUCAAAAGAGGAUUCAAUUAUUUAUGACUAGGGUGUGUAAAUAAAAUAGUCAUUUAAUAUGUA